AAACAAUGCAAUUCUGUCACUGGGCCGGCCCGGCAAACGAUACUGCACAAGAGCCCAUAGGAGAACAGAUAGAUAGCGCGGUUAUCUUUCCAUGUCCUUCAAUCACUUGCCUCCGACACGACAACAAGAGGCAGAUUAUUAGCCUAUUACAUCCCGGCGCAGUGUAGCAAUCAGGUGAAGUGCGAUCACGAGUCGUUUUUGCGAAGGAAACCCGGUCAAAAUGGUGCAUAAACAUCAUGUCGCUGGAUACGAUGCAUUCGUUGCAUUCAUGAAAGACUUCAACGGAAACGGAGGCGCGAUCAAUAUCCUUUUCUCCGGCGCCAAACUUGCCAACGGUGAGAGCUGGUGUGGAGACUGCGUGGAAGCCGCUCCGUUCAUCGAAACGGCAGUCAACACGAGCGCACCGGAAAAUUCGCACUUCAUCUACGUCGAUGUAGGCGAUCGACCGACGUGGAAAGAUAUGAACAAUCCGUUCCGCAAGGAUACCAACACACAUCUUUCCGUCAUUCCUACGCUGAUACGAUGGAAGAAUCCGCAGCGUCUCGAGGGCGAGCAGUGUGCCAAAGCUGAUCUGCUGGAACUAUUCUUUUCGGAAGAUGAUUAAACUGGUGCUGGAUGAUGAUAAUUUCUGGUACAUAUACAGCCUUAAAUACACUAUAUUUGUCCGAUAUAAAGAACGCACUCUUUCAGGGGUCACUCCCUACUACGAUUUGUUUGCGAUAUGGUCUACGUCAAUUUGUCUACGCUUUAGUAGUGAGAGAUAAAUUUAAAAUCCUU